AUGAAGGUGAGCUUGAUCCGGCGGGGCAUUACCGAGCAGACCUGCCCAAUCUGGAAGGCGGUGGGGACAGGGAUGUGCCCCAAGGCCGCCUGCUACCCUUCAAAUCCGUCCAUUGCCGUCGCCCCCCACGUCUCGUCGUGGAAGAAGAGUGGGUCCCAGAAGUCGAAAUCCGACGACAUCCAGAGCUCGCUCUCUCGCCAGAUCGCCAUCAUCUCCGUCUAUCGCAUUCCUCCACAUGGUGCGCCAACCGUCAUUAUGAGCGCGCCUUUCUCCUUCUUGCGCAGCUUGCGUUUCUCGCAAUGCGCCCGUGCAACAACUCGCGCCGAUGCACCGAAACGACCCUUCUCCAUAGCCCGAGCCUUCAAGCAAAAAGAAAACCCCCAGCCCGUCGACUCGCCUGAAUUCGUCUCCAUCCUCGAUGGCCCUCCCAAGAUCGUCCGCAAGGGCCGCCGCCACGGCCCUGGACUCAUCAUUCUCGCCAUCAUUCCCGUCACCGCCUUUGCGCUCGGGUCGUGGCAGGUCCAGCGACUAGGGUGGAAAUCCGAGCUCAUCGCCAAAUUCGAAGACAGGCUGGUACGAGAUCCGUUGCCGCUUCCACCCAUCAUUGAUCCCGAAGCGAUCCACGACUUCGACUUUCGGAGGGUGAUGGCGAGCGGUGUGUUCCGACAUGAUCAGGAGAUGUUGAUUGGACCACGCAUGAGGGACGGUCAGGAUGGAUACAUGGUCGUCACACCCCUUGAGCGAAAGGACGCCUCGACGAUUUUGGUGAACCGAGGCUGGAUCAGCAAGAAGCAUCGCGAUCAGAGGUCGAGGCCGAACGGCCUGCCAAAGGGCGAGGUGACGGUGGAGGGGUUACUGAGGGAGCCGUGGAAGAAGAACAUGUUCACGCCGGAGAACAGGCCGGACAAGGGCGAAUUCUACUUUCCAGACGUCAAGCAGAUGGCUGAGCUGACAGGCAGUCAACCCGUCUGGGUAGAGGCCACACUUGGUAAGCUUGUGUUUGGUAGCACACCUUCAGCCGGAGACUAA